AUGGCCUCAUCUUCGGGUACCAAGAAGUAUCCUCCGCGGCUUUACGAGAUUGGUAAAACGCCUAUUCAAUCUCGGAGCAUGAACCACAUUUGUUUUCUGUCCAACCUUCAAGUAAUGAAAGAGUCUGUCGGCGAAGACGUUUGGCUUGAGUUAAGAGAAUCAGCUGUAGGCGUGAUUAUCAAGCUGAAGGAGUUGGAGUACACUUGGUCUGCAAAACAUGUUCAUUAUUUUCUGGUGAAUCCAUUGGCGAUUCAGUGCAGUCAUGAAGUUUGGUCUUUGAUAGAAGACCAGCCAUUGAGGUUCUCUCUGUAUGAGUUUGAAGAUAUUACAUGGUUAAAUUGUGAUCCCUUUGACACGCAAGAACAAUGGGAUGUGGCUCAUGAAGACUUUUGGGUGGAGAUGAAAGUUCCAAUUUCUGAAGGACCCAAGUUGAAUGAACUUCAAGCCCUUUUUCCGAUCAUCAGAAAUUGGCCUAGAGAGAAGCGUGUAAUGGUUGGCUUGUUGUGUCUACUAUCCAUUGGCAUAUUUGGCAUUUCAAGCAAUAGUAGAAUACCUCUGCAUUUGGCGAAAAGGGUGAUGGAUCCAGCAGCUUUCGAGCGCCAUCCAUGGGGUCGUGUAGCAUUUACCAGCCUUGUGGAUUCUAUUAAAGUGGUGACAUACGAAGAAAAGAAGAGUUACACACUACAUGGCUGUGUUCAUGCAUUGCUUAUUUGGAUAUACGAGUCUGUGCCAGGUUUAGGAGAGAUAUAUGGGCAUCGGAUAGAGGAAGCUGAGGUUCCGCUUCUGUCAUGGCAUGGUUCUCGUCAGCGUAUCAACUUCCCAAACUUCUGUGCACAAGAAAAGAAAAAAUAUCAGAAGAUUCGUGUAAGGCAUAUGAUUGUAAAGGCAAUGGAGGAUAGAUAUCCGAAAUGGGGCGAAGAUAAACCGCCUGAUGAUUUGGAUAACAUGAUAGUUGACAUCCUCAAUGAUCAGCUAAACGACAAGUUUUGGGAUGUAGUGCCACUUACCAAGUGCCAGAAGAGAAAAACUCAAGUCAGUGCACCUAGUGUUCCCGAAAGAGUGGAUACGAGCCCCUCCACAAAACGAAGGAAGGAGAAAGAAACUGCACCAGAAAUGUUGGUUGAGGCUGUUAACAACUUGUCUGGAAGAGUAGAAACCAUGGAUGUUAGUGUAGCUGAAAGGGUUACUAAGACAUUGGAAGCUUCUGUACAAGCUCAGGUGGAAGCUAGAAUGGCUUUAUUUGAGACUGAGAUGAAGAACAAGAUGGCCAUAUUAGAGGAAGACAUAAAUGUUCUUAAAGGGAAGGAUGAAGAAAAAGUUACAUCCAAUGCCGGCAACUCCAAAGCACAUGAAGACGACGGACGCUUGUAG